AUGUACAAGACAAUACUUCUUUUAAUUACUGGUUGGUAUGUUUGUUCCAUUGGCCUAAUGCUAUACAACAAAUGGAUAUUUGACCCACAAAGAGGUCUUGGUAUUGCGUAUCCAAUAGGUUUGACUGGGUGCCACCAACUAAUUCUAUGGUGUAUCUCGUCCGUAUAUCUUAGAUAUACUAAGGCUCGUAAGGAAAGGAGGGCGAGGGAGCUAGAUUCAGAAGAAAAUGCGAUUAUUGCUAAUAAUAAUGAACCCAUAGUAGAUGUGGAAACGCUGGAAAGAGAAAAGAGACAGUUAUUCUGGCGAUUCAUACUGCCGACAGCCAUUUUUUCAGCUGGUGAUAUAGGUUUAGGUAAUAUGUCCUUGAGAUAUGUUCCAUUGACUAUCCACAUAAUCAUCAAAUCAUCGAGUAUAACAUUUGUCUUACUUUUCAGUUGUCUUUUCAAAAUAGAGAGAUUUCACUGGCGAUUAUUUGUGAUUGUCUUUGUCAUGUUUGCCGGUGUUGUCAUGAUGGUCUAUAAGCCUAUCAAUGACGACUCUAACACUAAUAAAGAUGGAUCUGAAACCAGCUCUGCGUCCUUCUACUUCGGUUGUGUUCUAGUACUGUUAAGUAGUUGCCUUUCCGGCUUGAGAUGGGUUUAUACGCAAUUGAUUUUGAGAAACCAAACCAACACUCGCGAGGUCGAGAAACUAGACGAUAAUGUCUCAGAUUACAUAGAGAAUAAAUCCACCGAUAGCUCUUCAGAAAGAUGUGAGGUAAACGUCCCUGGGCAGUCAGUAAUACAGGAGAGCAUUACGAAAAAGCCAGCUACUCCUGAGAACAAGAACAAUCCAAUACGUACCAUCAACAAGCUUUCGCCUGUAAUGGCCUUGUUCUUAUUUCUUACAUCCCUGGCGGUGGAACAACCUUAUAGGCAUCUCUUCAGCACUAAUUUCAGUGUCAAGCAUGUCUUCCUAGCAAUUUUUGGGCUGAUGGUUUUACCGGGCUUAGGUGUGUUUACAUUUACAUUGUGUGAGUUUAGCAUAUUAGGGAAGACUAAAGUACUUACAUUGAGUAUUGCUGGUGUGGUGAAGGAAGUGCUAACGAUAAUUUUCAGUAUGCUGAUAUUACAUGAAAGGCUACAUGGUAUCCUAAAUUGGGUCGGGAUGGUUAUAAUUCUGCUGGACGUGACGUAUUACAAUUAUUUCAGAUACAAGCAGAAAAUGCAAGAGGACUAUGUCCGACUUGAGGCCCCGGCAGCAGGGUUUGAGGACAAGUACAUGGGCAAUAGAAGGCCGCUAGAGACGGACUCCAUGACGGAGAUUCCUCCUUACUCUAUCACUUCUGAUAAUACUUUCCAAGAGUACGAAAUGAACAAAAUAAUUAAAUAA